GUCGCAGCUUGGCUAUCUUUGGAGGGGAGGGUGUGUUCUUGGCCGGCGGCGAUGGACCAGGUGCGGCGGAAGAGUAGCCUGAGGUCGCAUGGCUCGGGCAAGUCCUCGCCGCGGGUGGGGUCGGGGACGCUGGCGGAGCGGCCUACACUGGCGACCGAUCGCGAUGGCGGCGACCAACGGGAGGUGGUCGUGAGGAUCGAUGGGAAGGGGAGUGGCCACGAGCCGUUCGCGUUCCACGGCGCGGAUGGUGGUGGGGCCGGGAAUGCGAGCCCGAACACCGACUCGACGGCGAGCACGCCGCAGGCAGCGAGUAGGACGUGGUCCAGUGGGUCCAACUCGCCGCCGUCGCCACCCAAGGUGUGGCGGGAUGGGAGCGUCGAGUUUUGGAAGAAUGAUGGUGACGGCCACGGGGCCAUCGAUGAGGGUGGAGGUGGAGGCGGUGGCCGGCGUGGCUGCGAGGCGUUCAGCUUCAAGAACCGGCCGCCGCAGCCCACUUCGUCGUCGCCGGCGUCGUCCCCUUCGCUAUCACCGCAGCCGGCGCACGCUGCGGCUGUGGGGGACGGCGGCGAGGACCCGCCAACGCGCCUCAUCGGGAACUUCCUCCGGAAGCAAAGGGCAUCCGGCGCCGAGCUGUCGCUGGACCUGGACAUGGAGGAGCUCGGGAGGGCGUCGCAGCUGCACGCGCAGCCGUCCUUCUCCAACUCCCUGGAACGGGAGGCGCGUGUUUCGUUCCGUGAACCUAACAGGCGAGUCGCCUCGUCCUCUGACUCCGACUCCGACACAGGAGGUAGCCGUAGGCACGGCGGCGACGAUGGCGAGGUCAUUCGCUGCACGUCCAGUUCCACUGCUGCAGGGUCCUUGCUGCGAGCCAAAACGCGCUCCCGGCUGAUGGACCCGCCGCCGCAGUCGCAGCCGGCACCGGCGGCCCCUCCUGUCGUCGAUGAGGAGCGGAAAUCCUCUGUCUUGCGGACGCCUACGAAGUCCGGCCAGUUCCUGUCGGGUCUCAUGGCCGGGAAGUCAGGGCAGAUCGGUAAGUCCGGGCAGAUCGCCAAGUCCGGGCAGAUCGCCAAGUCAGGCCCGUUGGAGGAGGAGGACGACGACCCAUUCAUUGACGAGGACAUCCCUGACGACUUCAAGCGCGGGAAGCUAGACGCCCUCACUAUCCUUCAGUGGGUCAGCUUGGUGCUUAUCGUCGCGGCAUUGGCUUGCAGCCUCAGCAUAAAGGUGCUGUCAGGGAAGAAGGUGUGGGGGCUGCACCUCUGGAAGUGGGAGCUCCUCGUGUUCGUCCUCAUCUGCGGCCGUCUUGUCUCCGGCUGGGUCAUCAGGAUCGCCGUGUUCUGCGUCGAGCGCAACUUCUUGCUGCGGAAGCGUGUGCUCUACUUCGUGUACGGCGUGCGCAGCGCCGUGCAGAACGCGCUCUGGCUCGGCCUGGUGCUGGCCUCUUGGCACUUCAUGUUCGACAAGAACGUCCAGCGGGAGACAAACACGGCGGUGCUGCCGUACGUGCAGAAGAUACUGUUCUGCUUCCUCGUCGCUACGCUCAUCCGCCUCGUCAAGACGCUGCUGCUCAAGGUGCUGGCCUCCUCCUUCCAUGUCUCCACAUACUUUGACCGGAUUCAGGAGGCAUUGUUCAACCAGUAUGUCAUCGAGACGCUCUCCGGGCCGCCCCUAGUCGAUGAAAACCAAUUGCUUGCUGAGAUGCAUGAGCUUCAACGCGCAGGCGCAACCAUCCCAGUUGAGCUCCGUUCCGCUAUGUCAACCAAGAAUUUAUCAGGGCAAAGGAGCAUUCGGAUGUCCGGUGUGAUUCCUAAGGGAGAUGGGAGCAAGCAGCUGUCGAAGGAGAAAGGAGAUCGGCAGAUUGACGAGGGGAUCACCAUUGACAAGCUUCAUAGGCUCAACCAGAAAAAUAUCUCAGCUUGGAAUAUGAAAAGAUUGAUGAGGAUUGUUCGGUUUGGGACACUCACGACAAUGGACGAACAGAUACAGCAAGCAACGGGUGAGGGGGAUGAGUCAGCGACACAGAUUCGUAGUGAAUAUGAAGCCAAGAUUGCUGCAAAGAAGAUCUUUCAUAAUGUUGCAAAGCCUGGCUCCAAGUAUAUAUACUUGUCAGACUUGCUGCGCUUCAUGAGGCAGGAAGAAGCUAUCAAAGCAAUGAAUCUUUUUGAAGGAGCACAGGAGCACAGCAGGGUUAGCAAGAGGUCUCUCAAGAAUUGGGUGGUGAAUGCAUUUAGAGAACGCAAAGCCCUUGCCCUAACACUUAAUGAUACAAAGACUGCAGUUAACAAGCUCAACCAAAUGGUUAAUGUUGUUGUUGGGAUCAUUGUGUUUGCCCUCUGGCUGCUCAUUCUGGGUAUAGCGACAACACAUUUCUUUGUCUUCCUCAGUUCACAAGUUCUAGUGGCAGUUUUUGUAUUUGGGAAUACUUUGAAGACAAUUUUUGAGGCAAUCGUGUUCCUUUUUGUGAUGCAUCCUUAUGAUGUUGGUGAUCGCUGCGAAAUUGAGGGAGUUCAGGUGGUUGUUGAGGAAAUGAAUAUAAUGACAACUGUCUUUCUCCGAUAUGACAACCUGAAGAUCUAUUACCCAAAUAGUGUACUUGCCACUAAACCAAUUAUGAAUUACUACAGGAGUCCUGAUAUGGGAGAAGGAAUUGACUUCUCCAUUCAUGUUGCCACCCCAGUGGAGAAAUUAGCCCUCAUGAAGGAAAGAAUACUACGCUACAUCGACAACAAGAAGGAACACUGGUACCCUGGUGCGAUGGUUGUCCUACGUGAUGUGGAUGACACCAACAAGCUGAAAGUGUCUAUAUGGCUCCGUCACACACUCAACUGGCAGGACAUGGGGAUGAGGUUCGUAAGAAGGGAGCUGGUGCUCCAAGAGAUGAUCAAAGUUCUGAAGGACCUCGACAUAGAGUACCGGAUGUUGCCACUUGAUGUGAACGUGCGAAACGCUCCUGCUAUCCAGUCCACUAGGAUGCCAUCUACGUGGAACUAUUGCUGAAUACUACUGAAGCAGUGAAUGCACCAGAUCAUCCAGCUAUGAGCUUAGAGAGCUGAAGAACUGCCUUUGUUUCAGUGGUUUGAGUUGCAAUAUCCUGGGGACAACUAGCAAGUGGUCUGCGCUGCAAGAGCUUGGUAGCAAUUAGCAAGUAGCGAAUAGCAUGUAAAAACUAGCAAGGGUUGUGAUUGGUAGUGUGCCUGCAGCUAUUACUUGGUGCAGCAUGUAAUUAUGGUGUUGUGUAGUUUGAAAAGCCGUGGUAAAUCUGAUGGAGAACAUAGUUACAGAAAUAAGAGUUCUCAUUUAGUGAAAGCAGUAAUAAAGGUUCGAUGGGUGAACUCACGCGAAUCGUCGCUUAUUUCUGACGCCGACGACUCGCCGGCCGACCCAGCGACUCUUCCCGUGGAACUAGGAAGCCCACUGCCUGCUGUUAAGUCGGCAGGACAGCCGCUGUGGUGGUGAACACAAUCAAUGGCUUUGGUGGCUGAUUCUGUUUAAAAUGGCUGUGUCCGAGGGGGUGUUUGAUUUCAG